AUGGUGUUCACAUCGCCGCAAUGGGUUCCUCAGUUGCCCAUAGACCCUCCGGACUCGAUCACCAUUGCCGAGUUCAUGAGCAAUGAAAAGUAUGGUCGCUAUCCUGUCGCGGAAGCAAGAAAUCCCUACACGUGCGGUUUGUCGGGCAAGUCGUACACAGCGUCCGAGGUGAAGCAGCGAACAGACGCCUUGGCCAGAGCCAUCGCAAAGAAGCUCGAUUUUGCGCCGAACGAGGGCACAGAGUGGGACAAGGUUGUUGCACUCUUCUCGCUCAACACAAUCGAUUACAUCCCCUUCACCCAUGCCGUACACCGGUUGUCAGGCAUCGUCACCCCCGCCAGCGCUGCGUACUCGGCUCAAGAACUCGAGCAUCAGCUUCGCUCCUCCAACGCCAAGGCUCUCUUCACCUGUAUUCCCUUGUUAGAAACCGCCCUCAAGGCCGCAAAGGCCGUCAACCUUGCCAAUGACCGCAUCUUCUUGCUGUCAGUACCCGGCGUUAGCCAAAAAACGCCCUACAUCACCUUGGACGACCUGAUUCAAGAGGGGAAGUCCCUGCCAGAAUUGGAACCAUUGAAGUGGGUAAAGGGACAGGGCGCGCGCCAGCCUGCCUAUUUGUGCUACUCGAGUGGCACUUCUGGUCUGCCAAAAGCUGUCAUGAUCUCACAUAGAAACGUCAUCGCCAACGUCCUGCAAUUUACCACAUACGAGUCCGUUGCGAGGAAAGAGCUGGGCAUCAAGACACAAGUAUGCCUGGGGUUGUUGCCCUUCAGCCACAUCUAUGGCCUAGUUGUCAUUGCACAUUGUGGUACCUGGCGCGGCGAUGCCAUCAUUGUUUUGCCCAAGUUUGAGCUCAAGCAAUUUUUGGAUUCCGUUCAACGCUUCAAGAUCAGCUACCUUCCAGUGGUUCCGCCAAUUGUCAUCCAAGUCAUCCGCAACCAGGAGCUCUGCAAUAAGUACGACCUCACAUGUGUGCGCUUCAUCUACACCGGUGCAGCACCUCUUGGACCAGAAACUGUGGAGGAUCUCAAGAGGCAAUACCCCAAGUGGCACGUGGGUCAAGGUUACGGCAUGACUGAGACCAGCACGGUCGUCUGCACAACAUCUGAGACCGACAUCGACGUCGGAUCGUCAGGCUCACUCGUCCCCGGUUGCCGCGGCAAGAUCGUCGAUCCCGCGACCGGCGAGGAGAUCACCGAGUACAACAAGCCCGGCGAGCUCCUCGUGCAGUCGCCCUCGGUCGUCUUGGGCUACCUUCACAACGAGCGCGCCAACGCCGAGACGUUUGUCUGGCACGACGACGGCCGCUGGAUCCGCACCGGCGACGAGGUCCUCGUGCGCAAGGCCGCCUCCGGCAACGAGCACCUCGUCAUCGUCGACCGCAUUAAAGAGCUCAUUAAGGUCAAGGGCCACCAGGUCGCGCCAGCCGAGCUCGAGGCGCACCUCCUCACCCACCCGGCCGUGUCGGACACGGCUGUCAUUCAGGUACCCGACGACCGAGCCGGCGAGGUGCCCAAGGCCUACGUCGUCCGCGCCGCCGCCCACGCGUCCAAGCCCGACGCCGAAGUUGCGGCCGAUAUCUGCAAGUACGUCGAAGAGCACAAGGCGCGGCACAAAUGGCUCAAGGGCGGCGUCGAGUUCGUCGACGUCAUCCCCAAGAGCCCCAGCGGCAAGAUCCUCCGCCGUCUCCUUCGCGACCGCGAGAAGGAGGCCAGAAGGGCCAAGGGUGCGAAGCUUUGA